AGGUGUCCAUUUAUUUACCAGAACUUAGCGUGGAACCCGACAAGCCACUCACAAUCAGUGACUACAAAGAUAUUUUAUCUACUACACACCCCAGCCAUGUUUCGGUUAGCAUUUCCAGUCAUCUUCUUCUUCGCAUGUGCAUUAGCCGUCGAACUUCCAAAAGAUUUCAAGAAAUGCUACAGAGAUGACCCGAAUUUAGAUGAGUGUUUGAAGUCAGCCGUAAAUGCAGCUAUCAAAGCUAUGGUUACAGAAACGAAAGAGCUGAAGAUCGCACCGAUAGAUCCUUUGCACAUAAAAAAGCUUGACAUCAUCCAAGGCACCGGCCCAGUCACCGUUGAGCUCAACUUCACGGAUGUUGACAUCCAUGGCAUGAGUUCCAUCCUAGUCGACUCUGUCAGUGCUAAAUUAGAUGGAGAUGAAAAAACACUGACGUUGAAUUUGGUCGGAUCAAAGCCUCUGAUUAUGCUGGGCCAGUAUACCGUCGACGGUAAAGUACUCGUUCUUCCUAUCCAGGGAUCCGGAAAUGCGAAGCUUGAUCUCCUUAGCGUCACCGCGACGAUUAAACUUAUUGGCAGCGUAGUGCAAAGGCAAGGCGUGGACUACCUUAUUUUCAAAAAAGUCGAUUUCGUUUUGAAUCCCCAGUCAAUGAAGCUCAAUUUCAGUAACCUCUUCAACGGGAACAAAGAGCUAGGUGACAAUAUGAAUAAGUUCCUGAACGAAAAUUGGUCGCAGGUGUACGAUGAGCUCAGGCAUUCGUUCCAAAAUGCUUUUGCACUCACUAUAGCUGAUCUGACACAUCGUUUCUUCGCUCAGGUGCCAUACGACAGUCUUAUUCCUCCAAGUUCUUAGGCGCCGACGUUAUUCAAGAAAUCAAACACUCCAGAUGUGUGGCGGAUCGAGUUAAGCCACGAAUUAUUUACCUACUUUAUCAACGACGUAUAUUCAAGGCCAAUCUGAGACGUCGUUACCCUCUUCCUUUUAUGUGACUCAUUUCGCACAUAAGUCAUAUGAAAAUAUUAUACAAAUAAAUUGUAACGGGAUUACAAUUUCGAACUCACUGAGCGAACGGAUUUGAAAUAAUUCGGUACUUCAGAUUGAAUUAAAUCAUACGUUUCAAAAAGUGAUAUUUGAUUGGCCGAAGUGAUAGAACGAUCGACGAAAACUGUUUAAACAAUACCAAAAAAUAUAUAUGCGUGAGUUUACAAUACGAACAAGUAUUUAUGAGAAAAAUUAUUUUUCUCCAAAACGUUGUUCUCACAUUUGAUUAUUAUUAUUCAAAGAGUUGUCAUUUAUCUAUUUAUAAUUUGUACUAAGUAAGAGCUACAUUUCGUUGAACCCUAAAGUUAUGUUCGUACCCUGUUGUUUUGUGUUAUUAUUUAGUGAAACGUUAUCAUGUGAUUUGUGAAUAAACUAUAUUUGCGAUUUAA